CAUGCUACUUUCCGUUCUUUUCACGAACCACACGUCUCGCCUCGAACAACUAUGGCCGCUUUAGUCACGGUAGUCCUUCCGGGCGACGAAAUCCCCCGAAGCUCCCUACCCACACCUACUGGCAAGAAAAAGACCCUGACUCUUGGCCCUGGUUUGCGACACAUCCCACCAGAUACCAUUACAACCACAAUCGCCGGCGCAUUGACGACCGACAACAAGAAGAAUGCCAUCUGGGUGGACACGAACAGUGGAAGGUAUAUUCCAGCCGUGGGCGAUCUGGUGAUAGCCACUAUCCAGAAUUCGGUGUUCGAAAGCUUCAAUUGCUUGCUCACACCAAACACGCCUUUCGCCAGUCUACCCCAACUCGCUUUCGAAGGUGCAACUCGUAAAACACGUCCAGUUUUGGCACCCCACUCGCUCGUAUACGCGCGCGUUGUCAGCAAUGGACAGCAUACCUCGCCGGAAAUUACAUGCGUUGAUCCUUCUACGGGGAAAAGCGAAGGUCUCGGUCCGCUGAAGAGUGGUAUGAUUUUCAACGUUAGCUUGGGAAUGGCACGGCGGUUGCUUCUCAAGUCAAAAGGGGAGGUCAUUGUGCUGGAGUUGAUCGGGGCAAAGGUUGGGUUCGAGAUCACGGUCGGUAGGAACGGUAUAGUGCAUGUCGACGGCGCAAACGUGAAGACUAUCCUGGCUGUUGGGAGGGCCAUUCAAGAGGUGGAUGAGCAGGCGCUGGGCGAGAAAGGACAAAAGAAGCUGGCCGAAAGAGUCUUGAAAAGCCUGUGAUCUCCAAAAUCAACGCCCAUCAUGGUAUGCCAUGGUCAUGGUAUAUCAUGCACCGCAAAAUGGGAUCCGCACUGUCGGGACUGAGGCUACCGCACUUUGCGAUCGCAAACGCUCUUCCUCCAAACCAUACGGGUCCAUAAGCAUCUGCUGUUUGGCAUGCGACAGAACAAUGUUCCUACUGGAAACCAGAGGGCCAUGUACCCGAAGACACAUCGGUGUAUCAAUGUCACUCGAACUCGAUCCGUCGGUACCUGUGUGAUCAGCCGCUCAGUAUAUACCGAGAGACUGGCUAGACUCGUCGAAGCUUUGGUACGGUCGGGACUAUGACGCGACC